AUGGCGCUGAUCUCUCUCACUGAUGCAUCUGUGUUCACUUCCUUUGCCAAGGUGGAAGGUGAGAUCUUUGGGGUGAUCAAGAAGAUCCCCGCCUUUAUGAAUGGCAUGAAUGAUCUUAUCAAACAGCCUCCAGAAAAAUCCCUUGCCCUUAUGACCUAUGAGGAUACAUACUUAGUGUUAAUUAAAAUGGAAUGCAAAGUACGACUUCUUCGAAGACCUCUACCUCCAAAAUCCCCUAAGCGGCCUUGGUCUAAGACACCUGAAGUUAAGACUGUGGCAUUGCCAAAAGAGUUUAUUCAAGAUACAACUGCUCACUUCGAAAAACAAGCUACAGGUUUUGAAAGUGGUACAAUGUUAUCCUACAUGGGCAGUACAAAUCAGCCACAAUACCAUGUUCAUAUCCAAAAUAUCGUAUUUAAACAUCCUGAGUCAGAAAGAAUGGCUAAAACUUCAGCGCCCUCAAAGAGCACUAAGAGUGUCCACUGGAAUAUUCCAGAUACAUCUCUUCAUCCCAUAUUUUUUGGAGAUAUCCCUGAAGAUUCAACUCUAAGUUUAAAACUACGUAGCUACAAAAAAGCAUCAAGAAGACGAGCAUCACCAAAACUGAGACAUGAUUUGGCAGUUAAAACUCAUAAAGACAGUGAGAAGAUUUCUGUAUAUGUCCUCAAGCCUACAAAUUUUAGUCCCAAAUUUAACAUUUCCCCUUUCUAUGACUCUGCCCCUGCCUCUAUCCCAUACAGAUACUUGCCAAAGAUUAUGGCCUUUGGUAUUAAACCCCAUCUGGUCCCUACAAUGGAAGAAAUAACACCAUGGUCUCGGUAUACACAAAGAAGGGGGGCGAUCUUCUUAAAUAUUAAUAAUUUUGCAGAUGCCAUUUCCCUACCAAAACCAAAAUUACCAAGAAUACCUCAAAAGCAGAUGUACCUAGAAACUCUUGUAAUGAAAGAGGAAACUGAAGCACAUGUCCCCAAAUCGUUUAAGUCUUAUGUCUCAAAAAUAUCCAAGUUCAUCAACACUAGAGGUUUACAUGAAAUUUCAGGCAAACUAGAUGAAUCAACAUCUUAUGCUGUACACGGUGAAGGUUUUAAGAUGUUUAAGACUAUUGCAGCAACACAAUAUGAAACAGUACUAGCUAUGACCAACUUGGCCAUACAUAAUUGUCGAUUAUUUAGAAGAAAUGCACUUAAUCUUAAGGGUUUUUUUAUUAUAAAUUGUCCAGACUUGACACCGUUGGCUCACCAACUGGUAUAUAUUAAUUUAUCAUAUAAUGAUCUCACCAACUUUCCCGCAGAAGUAUUUUGUGUUAAAAAUUUACAAGUGCUGCUCCUGCGAAAUAAUCCUAUCAAAGAAAUCCCCUCUGCAAUUCAACAACUUAAGUUCCUUAGAAUUUUAGACAUGGCCUUUAAUUUGCUUACUUCUCUUCCAGCUGGGUUGUUCAACUUGUAUCGUCUCAGGAAUCUUGAUAUUGCCUACAAUACUAUUACUACUCUUCCAAGUGAUAUUCAGAAACUCAGAUCACUUGAAAAACUCAUUGUUGAUGGGAAUGAACUGGUAACUUUUCCACCUGCAAUUUUGAGGCUUAAUCUGAAAAAAAUUUCUUUUGAAAAUAAUUUCACUCAUCACGUCUUUUGGAUACAGACUCUUCCCACCAUUUUUAAGCCACAGCCUCUCACCCAGAUUGCUGCUUUGAUCUUUUUGAAAAAUAAAUUACACCUAUAUUAUGGAGAUAUUCCUGAAAUUGCACAGCAUUUGAGAUGGACAUCCACAUGUGAUUUGUGUUUGGGUCCCAAGUUUGGGGAAGGUUUCACAACAAUUCGAACCUGCAAUAUUUUUGGAGGAAAAAAUCUUCCUAUUAUGUUUCAUGUCUGUUCUCCUUCCUGCUAUGACUACCUAAGGAAAGGCGGUUCAAUUUUUAAUAAAUCAAUCGUGUUUAAAGAUUGGUCCAAAGUUUGGGACCGGAAUGAUAGUACUGGAGGUAAAAUCUUGCACUCAUCUGACCAAAGUUUCAUCUCUGCCAUGUCCAAGAGUGAACACUAUACCCAGAUCUACGAGUAA